CAGCAACAUGGCACGUUGACCGUUAGUCAAUGCGUUUGACCAUCCAAGAUAACGGUCAAACAUCGGGUUUGGCCAAUUUCGUUACUUUGAAGCAUAGUUUGGAACAGGAUGUUAUAAAUUGAAAGAUUGGACAGGAUGUUUAUUAUGUGCAAAGUUCAGACCAUACAAAUAUAUUAACCCUAUAAUAUAUUAUAAUGCGAAACUGUUAGCAGUCCCCUCUAUAGGAGGUGUUGUAUAAAAUGAUAGAUAACAUUUUUUUUUGACUCUAUGCAACAUAAAAACUAUGUGUUACAUAUUAAUAUCAUAUGACUGAAGAGCACUUCUACAGUUCUACUAUGUUUUAAAGCAUUGGUGCUUUAAUGUGAAAAUUGAGUUGUACCAUAACAUUAAAGAUUGUACCAUAAAGAGAUUUGUACUUUUAAGUUAUGGUACAACUUGAAGUUGUACCGUAACAUAAAAAUACAAAUUCAGGUUGUACCAUAAAAUGGAUUUGUACAAAAGAAUAUAUGUACAACCUAGAGUUGUACCAUAAUGUAACGGUACAACUUCAAGUUGUACAAAUUGUAUCAUCAAGACAUCAAGACAAAAAACUAUAGCAAAAAUGCUUUAAAACAUAGUAAAGGUUUGAAAGAAUUUAUUGUCAACCUCGUGCGGAUAUGAAUCUAUCUAAUUGAGAAGAAGAGAAAUUGUAUCCGUAUCUCUAUUAGGCCAAAUCUGUAGUAAUGAGGCCCAGAAAGCCCAACUAAUGAUCCCAUUUGUUGUGGGCCCAUAUCGUCACUUAACUAACUCUUUACAAAUGGUUUAUAGGUAUAAUAUACCCCUCUACUAUGACGUUUUAUCAAACAUGCCCAUUUAUUAUUUUUUACAUUAAACAUGCCCCUAUACUUUGUAAAAAUGAUCAAACAUGCCUCUUUUGUUAAAAUUUUAAUCCAAAAAUCGUUAACCAACGCCGAACUUUAGUUUGGGCGACACAAAUGACUAAAAUAUCCCUAAUAAAUUCACUUUAGAAUCUUUUUGGUUCUUUUGUAUAAUCAAAUCAUUCAAAUAAUUUCACUUUGAAAAGACCAAAGAAAAUAAAACAGGGGACAAAACUGACAUUUUCCCUCCUAUUUGUCGAUGUCGGGUCGUCUAAAUCUCAAUUCAACCAUGAUUGACGAUUUUUUCAAUGGAAUUUUUAACAGAAGGGCAUGUUUGAUAAUUUUUUCAAAGUACAUGGGCAUAUUUGAUGUAAAAAAUAGUAGAUGAACAUAUUUGAUAAAACGUCAUAGUAGAGGGGCAUAUUAUACCUAUAACCCAUUAUUGAUGAUAUUACCGUAAUUCCGUAAACCCCAGCCGAUUGAUAAAUAGCAAAUGUAAAGCCCUACACCCGAAACAGUGGUUUCUUCGUUCAUUCUCCGGCCAUGGUCGUCGCUUCGAUCGUCUCGCGCUCCGUCCUGCGCCGCCGGGCCGCCGUCGACCCUCUCCUCUCUCGCUCCUUCUCUUCCGCUGCCGCUUCCUCUCACCGACCUCACCCCAUAUUCCGCGCUCUCCGACCUCUUGCCGCCGUCACCCCGUAUCUCUCCCCCGCCUCCGCCUCGGUUCGCUGUCUCGCUACACGGACGACUUCGUCCUCGCUCAACGAUCCUAGCCCCAACUGGUCGAACAGGCCUCCGAAGGAGACGAUUUUGUUGGAUGGCUGCGAUUUUGAGCAUUGGCUCGUGGUGUUGGAGAAGCCGGAGGGAGACCCUACUAGGGAUGAAAUCAUCGACAGCUACAUCAAAACCCUAGCUCAGGUCGUUGGCAGUGAAGAAGAAGCUAGGAUGAAAAUCUACUCGGUUUCAACUAGGCACUAUUUUGCAUUCGGGGCUCUUGUCUCCGAAGAGCUGUCGUACAAGUUGAAAGAGCUGCCACGAGUCCGCUGGGUUCUCCCAGACUCGUAUUUGGAUGUGAGGAACAAAGACUAUGGAGGGGAGCCAUUCAUCAAUGGACAAGCUGUCCCCUAUGACCCCAAGUAUCAUGAGGAAUGGGUGAGAAAUAACGCUAGGGCCAAUGAGAGGAAUCGCCGUAACAGCGGAUCUCGCAACUCUGAUAGGUCAAGAAACUUUGAGAGGAGAAGAGAGAACUUUGCACCAAACCGGGAUUUCCAGAACAACCAGGGGCCUCCUCCUCCUCCUCCUCCUCCUCCUCCAAUGGGUGGUCAGGGCAUGCAGAAUAUGGAUGGCCGAGGUGCACCACAGCCUCCGCCACAGUAUCCUCAACGUAACAUGCCGGGACCAGGUGGUCCUCCACCACCAAACAAUCAAAUGGGCCAUCUUCCACAUAACAUGGGACGGCCAGGUGGUCCUCCACCGCCAAACAAUCAAAUGGGAGGAUGGCCUCAGAACAAUGUGGGAGGGCACGGUGGAGGCCCUCCAAGGCCACCACCUCAUCACAACCCCAUGGGUGGAGCUCCGCAGAAUACUUAUGGUGGAAUGCCACAGACGAAUGCUGGAAGGAUGCCUCCGCCGGCCAAUCUUGGAUGGUCGAAUGGGGGGCAGGGGAACUUUCAGGGUGGACCACCGCCCAAUAAUGCAGGUGUUCCUUACCAGGGCGAGCAACCAAACUUCCCCCAUAAUGGCUACCCUCCAAACAGAGACGGGAAUGGGCCCCGAUACUGAACUUCAGGUUCAGUUUUGGCUGAAAACAUUUUGUGCAGAAAGAGGCUGUGUCCUCAGCGCCACGGUAACUGAACCUGUUUCUCAUCCAUACCCUUUUCUCGUACUUGGUAGGUUUUCAGGUGUCCAUGAUAGGUUGAUUAGGGUUGUUUAAUAACGUUUGCCAGUCAAGACUGAGGGUGGGUUGUCGUAUGUCAAUGCAAAGCUUAUCGGUGCUUGGGAGGGAGGACGUUUCUAAUGUUCUUCGUGUUGAUAAUGGUUUUUCUCAGUAAAGCAAGGGUAUUCUUCGUAUCGGUACUCUGCUUGCAUCUUGUUCGAUUGAAAUACGACGUGCAUUGUUGAGGAUUCGUUUUUCAUUUUAUGAUCAUCACUCUAACUACCAAGAGUGGUGAAUCGAUUAGAGAUGUCUUGUUAGUUGGUAUUACUGGCUUCGUUUCUGGAAUUGUUUGUGCUUAAUUAUCUGGAGAUUUUAGUUUCUCUCCAACGUUAAUUGGAGACGAAGGGAGAGCUAGGAACAGUCUAAAAGAGGCGCCAACGGGUGCAGCAGGAGCAACUUGCUGCGUUCUUGCCUUCUUGGUUUCUCAUCGUGAGGAAGAGGAAUCAGAUAUUGUUUAGGGAAUGUCAAAAAGGAAACCCAUAUAUAUGAAUAAUCAUUUACCUUGUUGGUUUAGGGGAAGUGGUUUUUUCCGAUUUUUGGCUUGGCGUCUUCCACACAGAUAUAACAAAAUGUUGCUGGUGUAGGCACCGUUGGGGAUGGCAAAAACAUAUAUCCAUCCGAAUCCGAUCUAAUCGUGUAGUGGAAAUUCGAAUCAUAAUGAUUUUUAGUGGGUAAGAGUAAAAUAUGAACCCGAACAUUGUGGGUAAUGGAUGGACAUGGUUUUCUCAUUAUUCCAUUCGAGCCUGAUCGGUUAUACACAAUAAUAUAUAUUUUUUUAAGAAAUGAUCAUUAUUUUUUCAACAAUAUUUUAUCUGUAGCAUACAAAUAUAAUAUUUUCAUAAAAUUCUAUUGUUUGAAAUUUCUUCAUUCUGAAAAAUUAUUGUCGUACUUUUUCACUUAUGUAAUGUGAACAUACGUGUGAAUCUAAACAUGUUGGUUGGAGUUAUAAAGAGAAAUUAGUACCCAUGCAUAAUCGUGGGUAUCCAAAACUCGAGCAAGUAUGAGCAUGGUUUUGAUUUUCUACUCGAUUAUUACGUGGGUAUGAGUAUGGAUGAAAACCCCAAUUACUUUUGGUAGGGUAACGGAUAUGCACUAUCCGCCUUCGACCCGAUCCGUUGCCAUCCUUAUGCACCGUGUUUAGAAAUCUGUUGAUUUGUUCAAUGACGGAUGAUCAUUUAGUGCUCCGAUUGACCUUCAUGUGUCAUAUUGAGGUACGAUUAUGUUGAUGUAGAGAUCAAUCCUUGAAUUAAGUUGAUUCGUAAAAUACCCCGAUCGACAAUUCUAAACAAAACGAAACAUGUAAAAUUGAUAUGUCCACUAUCUUGAUUGGUCGACCGACUCUAAAGUCUAAAUAGCAGUCGGCCAUAUUUGUCCAUCUAAUUCUAAAUUGUUGUAAAUGGGAGUUUUAACAACGUACACUUAUUUGUAUCUGAUAAUGUUAAAGGUAGAGAUCAAUGUAAUUUGAAAGGGAUGGCUAACACCUCAUACAGAAAUAAUAAAAAACGACUCAUGGUCAACGAGAAUUAGAGGCAAUGGGUGUCAUUUGGGGAAGAGGAAUAGAGUGAACAUCCUAAAUAAAGGUGUAUAUAUAUAUAUAUAGUAAAGACUAAAGAAAUACCGCAAUUUGUUCCAUUCGAAACGAAAAUAUACUGCCGAUGUUUACAAACAUAUUGUCCAUCAAUAAAGGACGGAUUUUAUAUUAGUUUAAAUUGUACGCAACCUAUUUAAUUGAGAAGUAAUCACUAUCAAAAUCUACUUGGUACAUCACUCGAGUUAAUAACCAAUUAGUCUCCGAUGUAAAAAUCAAUUUAUGAGUUUUAA